CAAGUACGGUGGCUGAGGAGGCUCCUUGGCAGUCACCUUCCUGUGCUGCUCGCGGGAGUGGUGACCAUGGCUCAGAGCUCCCCACCGCCCUUUGACCCCAGCAGCCCCCCCCUUAUCGAGGGCUUCAUCCCCACCCCCGUGCUCCGGGAGGGGUUCCGGGACAAGUUCCUGCGCAAGAGCCGCGAGAACCCGCUGGUGCCCAUCGGCUGCCUUUCCACUGCAGGGGCUCUGAUCUAUGGACUCAUUUGCUUCCAGAAGGGCAAUACCCACCAGUCCCAGGUGAUGAUGCGGGCCCGUGUCCUGGCUCAGGGCUUCACCAUUGCUGCCCUCAUGGUGGGGGUAGUGGCCACAGCAAUGAAAGCUCAGAAGUGAGGUCAGGCUGGCCAUGAGCCGCAGUCUCCAGGAAUGGACAGACAACCUGUGCUUCAUGUCGCAGAAAUGGGCCCUUUGGCUGCUCUCAUCUUGCUGGGGGACCAGCUCAAUGGUGGUGGAGCAAUUAUUAAAGAUCCUACUGGGUUCUAGAGUUUUGGAAAUGCAGUGAAUACACCUGAGUGAUUCAACCUAAAACCUGACCUGUGAGAUUUCUUGACUCCAUGGGCACUCAUCCUUUCCUGGGGGACCCACAGGCAGCAUCAGGAUAAGGCCUCUGUCUCUAGCACCCAGCAUUAUUAAUCGCCGUUGAACCCAUUGCCUUGGUGACCCCCAUGGGGAAGGGGCUGUGCUGGGGCUUAGGCAAAUCAAGUGAUGCACCUUUCUGGGCAGGGAGUGGGAGCAAGAGAGCAGUCCCCCUCUCUGGGGCUAGAUCCUGUCUAGAGAGAUCACAUCCCAUGACCAGGGCUUGUCUGGAGAGAAUGGGUGAUCAAUUAGGUUACCAACCAUAAGCCAACUGCACCCGUGCUUCGUAAAGAGAAAAUUGCAGUGAGAUUCUGAUCAGGACAUUGAAUUCCAAAGCGGAGGGAAAUUGUGAAGGGUUCUUCCGUACUAUAUGGAGGGGGGGGAGAACAGGUAGAGAACCACUACCUUGCUGCUGUAGUGAUGGAGAUUAGGACACAGGAAAUGUAGCUUCCUGUUAGAAUGUGUGAAAUUGGAGGGUUUCAAAGGUGGGGUCAGAUAAGGUCUGUGGUUUUUUUAAUAAUAUUUUGGUUGGAGUUUAACUGCUGUGAAACUAAUCAACCUUUGUCAAGAACUAAAACUUCCUGCGUUCUGAGUCUCUAAUGCCCAACGGGAGCAGUAUUUUCUCCUGUCUUAACAACCUUCCCAGCAGGAGACUCCAUCUGAAAGCUCUCCAUGCAUUAAUUGGAACGUGUUUAGUAUUAAUAGUGAAAGAUGGGGGGGGACCCAGAUAAGGGCAAAAAUCUCAAUGAAUAAGGAUCCUCCUUAGCAGAUAUUGAUGUAGUUCCAAAGUAUUAUAAAGAAUCUUUGGUCUUCCUAGGUCAGACAUGCAGAGCUGGGGUGGGAGGAUUUAAUGAGAGGGAGGGAAAUGGGUCUGUUGAAUCUAAUCAUCGUAUCUGCUGGGUGUAGUUCUCCUGUCCUUCCUUUUGGCAGCUGCGUAGUGCAGGACUCUGAUGGAGAAAGGCAGAAAGCAGAUGGUAUUGACAGCACCAAACUGGUGGCUGGGGUCCUGCAUUGAGCAGCUGACAAAAGGAAGGACAUGAGGAGCUACACACAGCAGACGCGAUGAUCUAUGCAGAAGAUUUGUGCCAUGAGGGGGUCUCCAUGCCAUAUUGUGUCCAGGGAAUCUUUGUGACUGGGGAGGGUCCCAGCUUUCCUCUCGGAUCCUGGGAGGUUUGCUGCCCUGUACUCGUAAACAGAGCCAAAUGGCCUAGAAUCUUUGAGACAGUGAAUGCGGAAGCCUAUGAGGGCAGCUUCUCUGAGUAAAAUAAAGCUACUUGGAGCUGGACAGAAGGAAGUCAGAGAACAAAGACUCCCAUCCCCCUUCCCCUGGCCAGAGCCCAGGGGCUUGCAUUGGCCAUUUGGAUGGACAGGGGGUUUUGUUUCAGUAAAGGGUGCUGUGACUUUGGCUCUCGGCACAGGAGGAAGGGAUUGCCGGGUUAGUCUGAAAAAGUGCCUUGUUCGUUUGCAAUCUGGCGGGGCUCAGAGCGGUGGGGUUGGCUCAUCUCGCCCAGCCAGGAUCUGCUUCACAAUGGGCUGUUUGGAUUUAAGGUAAUGGGAGUUUCGCUCUAGCUGACGCCCUAGCGUCAGGCAUGCUGAGGUUCUUGUCUCUGUUGGGAAUAAAGACAGCCAGGUCACGUGAACCUCCGCUUUGGAAGUAGCCCGUAGAGUCAGUUCAAGCUAGAAGAGCAGGUCCUGUGCAUGUUCUGCCCUGGUCCUGGGAGGUGGCCUGCAGGAGGCCAGUGCAUUUGUAUCUGAUCGUGUUGACAGGUGAAACUGUUUCUCUUCAGUGGGGUGGCAGCUGCUGUUAAUAAACCUUCCUUUGGCUGAAGAA